AUGGCAAACCUACAGGUGGCACAUAGCGCCCUCUCUGCUGGCACCCGGGCCAUUGCACCAGAAAAUGAGUUCCGAGGCAAACUGCUGAGUCAGAGGUGGACCCGUGGGGAGAAAAUCAACAGUUGUGAGUCAGCCCCAAACCUCCACAAGAGACACAUCAAGAUGAGUUUAGAGAAUGAUGACAAACGAGCACGAACACGGUCGAAGGCAAUUAGAGUACCAGCAGAACUCAUUGGGCAGGAGUUGAGCUGUCCCACUCCAGGAUGCAAUGGAUCAGGGCACAUUCGAGGAAAGUACGCAAGGCACAGGAGUUUACAAAGCUGCCCUCUGGCGAAGAAGAGGAAACUUCAGCACGUAGAAGAGGAACACCUGGUGCCCAAGCGGAAAUCGCAUCCCUUGAAGCUCAGUCUUGACGAGGGCUACAAUGUGGACAGUGACGGGAGCGAAGAGGCCGAAGCCAAGCAGGACUCUGUGACGGAUGAUUCAGAAGGCACCCUGGAAGAGGAAGAGGAGGGAGAAGCUCUGGCGCAAAAGGAGGCCUCCAGCAGCCCUCCCUCGGAAGAAGGCCAAAGAACGGAAGGAACUCUCGUCUCUAAACGGCCGGUGUCGGAAAGCGAAGGCGAGGUCUCCAGCAGUGGGGGAAACACCAUGCCCUUGCUCUGUGAAGGAGCAACAGAAGAAGAAGAGGAGGAAGAAGAAGAGGAAGAGGAGGAAGAGGAAGAAGAGGAAGAGGAAGAAGCCGUUGAGGAGGAAUGCGAAAAGGAGAUCAUCAUCCACACAGAAGAUGCCGAAGAAGUGAUUGAGGUCACCAGCGAGAGGAGCAGUGAUUUGUGCCUGGAACAUCGGGAAGAUGAGGCGAGCGGUGAGGACUCGUGCAAACUCCAAAAAGAGGAGGAGGAGGAGGAAGAAGAGGAGGAGGAGGAAGAAGAAGAAGACCAUGAAGAAGAAGAAGAGGAGGAGGAAGAGGAGGAGGAGGAAGAAGAAGAAGAAUACGAAGAGGAGGAGGAAGAGGAAGAGGAAGUGAUGGCUGAUGUCAUCUGUCAAGAAGCUCCUCACACUUCUCAGGACAGCCCCCAAAAUCACUGUGAAAGACAGACGGUCAACCCCAAGCCGGAAUAUUCUGUCAUUGUGGAGGUGAGGUCGGACGAUGAAAAGGAUGACGACACCCACUCUCAGAAGUCCACCGUGACCGACGAAUCCGAGAUGUAUGACAUGAUGACGCGGGGGAAUCUGGGCCUGUUGGAGCAGGCCAUCGCCCUGAAAGCGGAACAGGUCACAGUGGUGAGGGAUCUCGGCCAGCCGGUGGCGGGAGAGCACGCAAAACAUUUCCAAGCAGAGGAGAAGCAGAACAAGACCUUGGACACCAUCAGGAAGAACUAUUACAGCAAAGAUUCUUCAAGACCCGAGAAGCGUGAAAUCAAAUGUCCCACGCCAGGCUGCGAUGGCACCGGUCACGUCACAGGGCUCUACCCUCACCAUCGCAGCUUGUCUGGUUGCCCUCACAAAGACAGGAUUCCCCCGGAGAUUCUGGCCAUGCACGAGAAUGUAUUAAAAUGCCCGACACCUGGAUGCACCGGACAGGGCCAUGUAAAUAGCAACCGCAAUACUCACCGAAGCUUAUCAGGCUGUCCCAUUGCAGCUGCUGAAAAAUUAGCCAAAACUCACGAGAAACAACAGCCUUCAUCCGGCGACCCUUCGAAAAAUCACCCCAAUUCAGAUCGGAUCCUCAGGCCUAUGUGUUUUGUGAAGCAACUCGAGGUGCCUCAGUAUGGAAGCUACAGGCCCAACAUGGUUCCUUCCACGCCAAGGGCCAACUUGGCCAAGGAGCUGGAGAAGUACUCCAAAGUCACCUUCGAUUAUGCAAGUUUCGACGCUCAGGUUUUUGGCAAACGCAUGCUUGCCCCAAAGAUUCAGUCUAGCGAAACCUCACCUAAAGCCUUUAAAUGCAAACCUUUCCCAAAGGUUUCCACUUCCCCCAGCCACAGCCCUUCCAGCAGCUACGUGAAGAACGCUUCGUCUUCGUCCACGGGCUUCGACUACUCCCACGACGCCGAAGCCGCCCACAUGGCCGCCACGGCUAUUUUGAACCUCUCCACCCGCUGUUGGGAAAUGCCUGAAAACCUCAGCACCAAGCAGCAAGACCUCUCCAGCAAGUCCAUGGACAUCGAAGUGGAUGAAAACGGGACUCUGGACUUAAGCAUGAACAAGCACCGCAAACGUGAAAGCGCCUUCCCCAGCAGCAGCAGCUGCAGCAGUAGCCCCAGCAUCAAAUACCCCGACGUGUCCCAACGCCAAAACUGCACCAGUGCCACGAGCAGCACCAUGACCUCACCCCAGUCCAGCCACACCUCUCGCCAGGAUGAGUGGGACGGGCCCAUCGACUACACCAAACCAAAUCGGCAACGAGAAGAGGAACUGGAGGAGUCGGAGCCCGCCGGAUGUUCCUUCGCCUCCUCGGAAGUCGACGAACAAGAAGUCCCAGAAGAAAACUUUGAAGAAAGAAAAUAUCCCGGGGAAAUCACCUUAACCAACUUCAAGCUGAAGUUCCUUUCCAAGGAAAUCAAGAAAGAGUUACUCACUUGCCCUACCCCAGGCUGUGAUGGCAGUGGACACAUCACGGGAAAUUAUGCUUCUCACCGCAGCCUUUCUGGUUGUCCUCUUGCUGACAAGAGUCUCAGAAACCUCAUGGCUGCCCACUCUGCUGACCUCAAGUGCCCAACUCCCGGCUGUGAUGGGUCCGGUCACAUAACAGGAAAUUACGCAUCACAUAGGAGUUUAUCAGGUUGCCCUCGUGCCAAGAAAAGUGGAAUGAAAAUGCCACCCACGAAGGAUGACAAGGAGGAUCCUGAACUGAUGAAGUGCCCUGUUCCUGGCUGUGUUGGACUCGGACACAUCAGUGGCAAAUACGCCUCCCAUCGCAGUGCCUCAGGUUGUCCCCUUGCAGCCCGGCGGCAGAAGGAAGGGUCUCUCAACGGCUCCACCUUUUCAUGGAAGUCGCUCAAGAACGAGGGACCGACCUGCCCGACUCCGGGCUGUGAUGGUUCAGGUCACGCCAACGGAAGCUUCCUCACUCACAGAAGCUUAUCGGGCUGUCCAAGAGCUACUUUUGCUGGAAAGAAAGGGAAAAUCUCAGGGGAUGAUAUUCUCAACACUAAAUUCAAGACCAGCGAUGUUCUAGAGAACGACGAAGAAAUCAAACAGUUAAACAAAGAAAUCAGUGAGCUGAAUGAAUCCAACACUGAGAUGGAGGCAGCAAUGGUGAAGCUGCAGUCGCAGAUCUCCAGCAUGGAGAAGAACCUCAAAAACAUCGAAGAGGAGAACAAGAUGAUAGAGGAGCAGAAUGAAGCCCUCUUCCUUGAGCUCUCAGGGCUGAGCCAGACCCUUAUCCAAAGUCUUGCCAAUAUCCGCCUUCCACACAUGGAGCCAAUCAGUGAGCAGAACUUCGAUGCCUACGUGAACACUCUUACUGACAUGUAUACCAAUCAAGAAUGCUACCAGAAUCCUGAAAACAAGGAUCUCCUGGAAAGCAUCAAACAGGCCAUUAAAGGAAUUCAGGUCUAA